AUGAAUGAAUUCAAAGCGAAAAUUGCAGAUGACAUAGGUCCACACACGAUCAUGCGUAUAUCAGAACUUCUAACUCCAUUUGAAUGCGAGCAAUUUUAUAUUAGAAUAACUGGACCUGACAAAGGCUAUCAUAAGCUGUUAAGAGACCUUGAACUAGACAAUGAACCAAAGGAACGUAAGCGACGUGAUAUUGUGACUACAAAAGACUGUACAAAAACACUAAAGAACUGGGUUGAAACACAAGGCGACACUGUCUAUUGGGAUCGAGUUUCCUCUGCACUGUAUAGAAUUGGCCGCCUUGAUAUUGCUAAGAGUGUGGACGAACUAAACAAAAUUUCACAAAAGUUAAAAUCAUCUCUGAUUAUUUAUGAAGAUGAAAAUUAUGGAGAAAAUACGCGGCAAGUAAGAGAUUUAAACAGUAUAAGAGAUGAAGAUUGGGACCUAAUAGUAGAAAGGCAACAGCUUCCUCCAUAUAAUCGUCAUCUGAAUGAGUGGUGUUGGUCUAUGGUAUAUGGAGUGAUUUUGGGGUUCUUUGCUGCACCUCUCUUUGCUGGUCUGAUUUUUCUGGUCAUUUUUGGCAUGAGUUUAUUUGAAAGUACUGAUUAUAAAAUGCAUAUUAAAAUUGAGAAAUUUUAA